GGCUGAGGAGUUUUUAAUGUCCGCCAUGUUGUGAAUGGCGCACUGAGGCAGCGAGCGAAAACACACACACCCGCCUCUGCUUCUCCUCGCUGGAGCUCUUCUAUUCCAUUAUUUUUUCUCAUUCUCCAACUCCAUCCACCCUCCUCCAUGAGAUCCGUGGCGGUUUUAUGGGUGAUUGUGAGGGGAUCGGAUAGAUUUAUAGAGUAAAAUGAGUAAACUGUCGUUCAGGGCGCGGGCGCUGGACGCUCUCAAACCGCUGCCCGUUUUCCGCUGCGAGGAUCUGCCAGACCUGCACGAGUACGCGUCCAUCAACCGCGCCGUGCCGCAGAUGCCCACCGGCAUGGAGAAGGACGAGGAAUCGGAACACCAUCUCCAAAGGGCGAUUUCCGCCCAGCAGGUGUAUGGAGAGAAGAGGGAUAACAUGGUGAUUCCCGUCCCAGAGGCUGAGAGCAACAUCACCUACUAUGACUCGCUCUACCCCGGAGACUUCAAGAUGCCAAAGCAGCUCAUUCACAUACAGCCUUUCAGUCUGGAUACGGAGCAGCCGGACUACGAUCUGGACUCGGAGGAUGAGGCUUUUGUGAAUAAGCUGAAAAAGAAGCUGGAGGUGGAAGCCAUGCAGUUCGAGGAGAUGAUUGACAGAUUGGAGAAAGGCAGCGGACAGCAGCUGGUGACCCUGCAGGAAGCAAAGCUUUUACUGAAGGAGGAUGACGAUCUGAUCAGGGAGGUGUUUGAGUACUGGAGCAGGAAGAGGAAACUGUGUAAAAACGGAUCCCUCAUCCCAACCAUCAAGCAGGAAAAGCGGGACGGUUCCAGCACCAAUGACCCCUAUGUGGCCUUCAGGCGCAGGACCGAGAAGAUGCAGACGAGAAAGAAUCGUAAGAAUGACGAGGCAUCGUAUGAGAAGAUGCUCAAACUAAGAAGGGACCUGAGUCGAGCCGUCACUAUCCUGGAGAUGAUUAAGAAACGAGAAAAGAGCAAACGAGAGCUGCUUCAUCUCACACUGGAGAUUGUAGAGAAGAGAAAUGCCAUGCCCGACUUUGGUUCAGAAGUGAUGGCAGAAGCACUAGCUAUGGCAAAACCUGUUUACAAGAUUCCCAUAAUACCCUUCUCCAGCAGCAGUCAGUACCGCCACCAGGACCACAUAGACUUCAAAGACUACAAGACCAAGCCUGAAAAGACGGAGGUGGUCAGAACAAAGAGGAAGUAUGAGAAGAAGCCCAAAAUCAUGCCAUUCUCCGCCCCAUUGCAUACUGGCCCUUCCCUGUUUAACCCCAAAGACCUCAACCAGUACGACUUCCCCAGCUCUGAUGAGGAGCCUUUUUCACAGAUACAUUCUGGGUCAUCAGAGGCCGAGGAAGAGAACGAGCCAGAUGGAGCGUUUGCCUUCAGGCGGAAAGCAGGAUGUGUUUAUCACGCUCCCCGUUUGGAUCAGAGCGGCGACUGGCCCUGGUCUGGAGAAACAGACGGAGGGUCAUGUGACCCACGGUUUCGGUACUCCCUAACCACUCUCACCAUUCCCCGCCACUGUGUCGGGUUGGCACGGCGUCGGGUGGGACGGGGCGGCAGGUUUCUUCUGGACCGGGCUUAUUCGGAUUUAAAUGGAUUAUUCCAAAGUCUGGACUCAAAUUCAGAGCCGGGCCUGUCCUUCCCUGCUUCUCCUCUACAUCUGGAAACCACUUCCCAGACCGUUACCUCAUCCUCUUCGUCACAGUCCUCAUCCUCUUCUUCCUCUCAUACUACGUAUUCAGACAUGAGGCAGAUUCUCAGAAAUAUCAAAGCGUGCCGCUGGAGGCACUUUAAACCACGGACACUAACCAGCCAGUCAGGCGCAGGGGAUGCGCUGUCACGGAGACCGCUUAGGGGGUUGGUGCGGGGCGGCGCGGGGCCAGGUGGCAGUACUCUGGGCAGAGCAGCAGGCACGGGACCACCCGCAGUAGCGUUCACGGCUGAGCAGUAUCAGCAGCAUCAAGAACAGCUGGCCCUCAUGCAGAAACAGCAGCUGGAGCAGAUACAACAGCAGGCCAGUGACACGGGCUCAAGUCAGUCUCUUGUGUCCAAGACGCUGGACUCAGUCAGCGCCCAGUUUGCCGCCUCUGCACUCAUGACCUCUGACCAGCUUUUGACCCUAAAGGUCAAAGAGGACGGCGUAGGAGGUGGAGUCAACGGGGUCGUCCAAGCUUCAGGAGUUUACAAGGGAUUGAACGUCUCCGCCACGUCCUCUGCUUCGGUUUUGACCAGUCAGCCAACAUUUACCGCUGCCCCGCCCACCUUCCUGUCGUCCACUAGCAACUCUAACACAAGCUCCGCCCACACUGUCCACAACCCUAUAGGUAAUCACGGUAACAACACAGCCAACUCCACCUCUCAGGUCCUAAUCGGCAACAACCUACGCCUCAGCGUCACCACACCCUCCAUCGCCAGUCUCAAUGCCCGUCACCUUCCCAGAAGUCUCAGCAACGUGCCACCCGCUGCCUUGAAGCUCGCCGCCGCCAGCAACUGUCAGCUCCCCAAAGUCAACACCGGGGAGAAUCACGAGCAGGAAAAGCAGUCCCUCAACAGUAUAGCAGAGAACACAGUGGCCAUGGAGGUGACGUAGUGACCGCUGCCCGGGCAUCGCUUUUUCUUUUUCUUCUUCUUUUUUUUUUUCGCCCAGUCCAGUCUUCUGGUGCUGUGCACCAAUUGGGUUCGGGGAAGCAAAAGGACAGCGGGUUUCCACAGCAACUGUCUGAACGUGACAGAAAAUUUCAUCUCUUGUUUAUCUUUAUUUUUGCCCCUUUUUUUUUUUAUGUACUUCGUUUCUGUUAAGAAAAGUGAUUGUGUAAAUUAUGAUUAUGGCUAAUAUUUGAUGUACAGAAACUACAUAUUUGUAAAAGCCCACCGUCACCCUUGUAUAUACGCUACUUGAAUACAGAACUGUUGAGUUGAUGUUUUGCACUUGGGGAAUCAAAAAGAGUAAAAAGCGAAUGAGGGGGAGUGUGUGAGGUAAACGUUGAGUGUGUGUGUGUGUGUGUGUGUGAAUAGUUAUGUGCAUGGUGAGGAAACCUGCUGUUCUACCUAUUUAUUGUGCUGUGUUUACAAUUAUUAUUAUUUUUGUUUGUUUGUUUUCUUUUCUUUGGUACACUGUGUUCCUCAGUGUUUUCCUGUGGUGUUGUUUAGGUAGCUGCCGAUUCCUAAAUUUUCCCUCGGGUUUCAAGUUUGACCGAUUCAGUCGUCAAUCGGAUUGAACAUUGAUGGUAUCAUGCAAUUUUGUUUUAUUUUAUUUUUUUCCAGGUUUUUUUUUUUUGUUUUUUUUUUUUUUUUUUGUUUUUUUUUUUUUUUAUAUAUAUAUAUAUAUAUAUAUAUAUAUAUAUAUAUAUUUUUAUCCUUCCUCUUCGGGGAGGAAUGGGACAAGUCAGGGUUCAACGCCCUUUAGGUUCAGGGGUUUAUGGGAGGGCAAAUUUAGGGGGUGGUUAUAUGAAUCUUCCAUUUUUAUCAUCCCAAAAAAAACAACAAAGACAAACAAGGGAUGAAGUCUUCACUUAGGGAGCACUGCAGUGCUUCCGGUCAACUAAGCACUAUUAUUUUGUUUUUGUUUAUUGUUUAAUCGUUUUUUUUUUUUUUUUUUUUUGAGAUAUUGCUGCUUUUUGUAUAAAUUCAGUUCCUUUUUCAUACGAUGGAAACUGUUCGGUUUGUCCUUUUUUAUAUUAUAGUUAUUUUUGUAUCUUGUUUUGCAUUUCUAUCGUUCUGUUAGUUUUUUUCAGUUCUUGCGGUGAAGCGUCUUUUGCGCUUUGUUAACGGAAGACUUCAUUCUUUGUUGCCGAUGGCCGAUAAACGCCCACUCGAGUCGUCAUUCCGGUUUAAUGACAUCAUUCAGUACCAAGGAGGAGAAAAACAAGCGGAUGCCAAACCAACGUCAUCUCCUUGGCCACCUUCUCUUAAUGCAUUAAUCCAGCGGACUCUGGACUACUUCAAGGCCUGAAAAAAAAAAAAUAAUAAUAAUAAUAACAAGUUAAAGGUUGUGCCUUCCUUUGGGAAUGUCCUGCUCCGUCUCUUCCGUGAAGAGGAUCCUCCGGCUCAAGACCGCGGUCCUGCGGUGCACACUUGUCCGGAGUUCGGCUCUCCGAUGCCCAGUCCACUGGCUGAACUGAAUCAUCCUCCUCCAGGGGUUUUCUAGUCUGAUCUGGAUGGAGGCAAAAAAAUAAAAAAUAAAAAAAAUAUGGAAAAUAUAAUAAUGAAUAUUGAAUAAGUGAAGAAAAAAAAAAAAAAAAAAAAAAGAUAUGUGACAAUUCAAACAUGAAUCAGACAAUAAAGCCCAGGUUAUUAUAUGUGAA